AUGUAUUUCGACUACGCUCUGAGAGACACAAAAGAGUCGGAUUUAAUGCGACCUAUCAGACAUCUGGCAACGAUUGGUGACGCCAUUCCAAGCCUGUCAGACAUCAAGCCUGAUGCUCUCCAAUCGAAUCACUGGAAAACGUGGUUGCCAGUUUUUCCAGCCGCAAAAGUAAAAUCCGUCGAAGAUGGCUUCGCAGACGAUAUCCCAGUCGUGACCACUGGGCCGCUGCAGUCUCUGCCAGCCAUGAAGCAUGUCAUCGAUCCUGAUUUGCAUAAUGAGUUGCUUCUUAAAAGUACGAUCCCGAGAAUUGGAGUACCCAACCCUCGACUCAUGAAGGAAGAAAACGUCACAUUUCCCUGCAUGCUCAAAGUCGAUCAGUCCGGUGGUGGAUGCGGAAACUGGUUGGUUCGCAAUUCACAUCAGCUGAAAGAGGUGGUGGCAGAAAUUAGAAACAAGUGCAACUGGAAGGGAAAGUACAUUUUGCAAGAAUACAUACCAGAUGCUGUGACCAUGGGAUAUUAUUUCUACGUGUUCAAAUCAGGCUACAUCCAUUGGCUGGGCAGCUUGACCGGGGCUGAUUCAAACUAUUUCAAUUGGACUGCUGCAGUGGGUGACUGGACCAGGCAAGAGAAGUUGAAGGAAGCGGUUUACGAAGAAUUUAUCUUGCCCGUCAAAAACUUCCUCCAUUCUUCUGGGUACUUUGGAAUAGUCAACAUUGAGAUUCUAGAGAAGAACGGAGAGCGUCACGGUUAUCUGGUAGAUCUCAAUUGCAGGCUUCCAGGGGCUUUGGCUCAGUUGUUAAUCUCGCCUUAUAUGGCAAAGCUUGGUUACCCUGUGUCUUUGAUGACGACAAGCAAAAUACUGAGAUGCACAAGACAGGAACUGUUUGCGAUGGCGGAGAAAAUAAAUGAGAGUAGCACUGGGAAAGUUAUCGUGCUGGCUGCAGCACAUGUCGACGGAGCUUUUAGAGCAGACCUCGCCCUCUUUGCCGAAACGAUGGCUGGCAUUGAGUUACUGAUGGGCACUUUGGAUCAGAAACAAUAA